GAAGCACAGAGAAAGGGGUGACCUGACCCAGUGAACACACACACACUAAAGUUGAGAAAUGACUACAAGAAACAAUUUAGUGAUACUUAUUGUGGUUGUGGUGGCAGCUGCAGUGCUACGAAUUUCAGCAGCUGCAACAUAUACCGUUGGAGGCAGCUUGGGUUGGCAGGACCCUCCUGGUGGCGCUGUGGUCUAUUCUACAUGGGCAGCCCGAUAUACCUUCACAGUUGGUGACAUUCUAGUCUUCAACUUCACCACUGGAGACCACACUGCAGCAAAAGUCACAAAUGAUGCCUUCAACUCCUGUAACACCACCAAUCCUCUCACCAUCCAAACCACCGGUCCAGCGAGCUACACUUUGGAUGCCACCGGGGAAGAUUAUUUCAUCUGCACCAUUAGCAACCAUUGUUCCUUGGGUCAAAAGCUACAAGUGAACGUCACUUCCGGCCCAGGCUCUCCGAAUAGCAGCCCUUCACCUGGGUCAUCCCCUCCUCCUCCUCCAUCUGGAACCACCAUGGCACCGCCUCCGCCUAACUCCGCAGCGCCCACAGUUAUUGCAGCUAUCACUCUCAAUUUGGUGGCAAUUGCCAUUGCUUUCGUGUGCUAGUAAUUAUUACUUUAUGAAGGUUUGUAUUCACUCUUACACU